GCAAUAUGUGAAUGGCUUCUUCAGUUUGUAUUUUACUAUUUUACCUUAAACCCUAGGCCUCAGGAGUUUCAGGAGAGCAAGAGAUUGAGAAUGUCGGAGGGAGAAGAUUAUGACGACGCUCCUGAGGAAUUCACAGCCGAUCAGGGAAUACGGCAAGAUGAAGAGAUACGAAGAGUCCAGAAAGAAAAUAAGGCCAGGGUUGUUCGUGAGGGAAAAGAACGUCGCAGACUAUGGGCUCAAAGGAAAACUCCACGAACUUCUAAAGGAGAUAAGGCUAUGCAAGAUUUAGCCGAAUCUGAGCCAGAAAAGACACAAAAAGAGGCUUUGGAUGGUUCAGGGAUGCUUCCAAAUGACAUUGUUGAAAUGCUUGCUGCACGUGAGAAAAAAGUUUUCUUAUCAGACUCUGAAGAUGACAAGGCUGAGGUGAAACGUCCUUCUAGGAAGAAAAAGAAGAAAAGCUCAGGGUUAGAGCCUGUUAUUCUGAAGGACAUUCCUCCUCCAGAAUGCUUGAAGAAUUCCUUGGAGUUCUUAAAGAAAAGGAAAAUGCAGGUUUCAAGAUCAUCUGCGGUUCUGAAUAACUCAAACCAGGCACUUCGCCUCCUUUCUAAUUCUGGCUUGUUAAAGUCAUGAACUUGGAUUCAAUUUUUCUUUUUAUUGCUUCAUGUCGAAUCUAUUCAUGAAUAGUGCAUAGCUCCGACCGGAGUAGUGUUGUUACUGAUGAAGAAAUGGGUUGAAGUUGUGUAUGUUGUGAAACUGCUGUUAGUGACAGUAAUUAUAUUCAUGUGUUUAGAAUUGAGUUCUA